AUGGACAACAAGUUUACCUCCGAACCAGCUUCCAAGUCAGCAAGAUGUCUCUUUCCUGAAGAUGGGUGUUCGGGUCCAGCUUCCACACAGCGCCCAAUCAAAAAAGAGUGCAUGACACCAGAGAAACACGUCUCUCACUACAACGUCAUCGACAUCAUCAAAAAGGAGAAGACCGACGAGAGUAUAAGCUCAGACGACAGUGGCACAGAUGCACUUCAUGUUGCAUUUGAUGAAACAGAGGACAACUCCGCACGAGCUGAUACGUCCUCCGACUCACCAAAAACCAGCGACGCCAUCGAGGCUACCACACAACAAGAAGCAAAGACUGUUUGUACACCUCUUAUCAGCGAGUACCCACCACCCUCAGUGCCAAGCUACCCGUAUGGAUUAAUGCCUCCCCAUGCCUUCUACCCCAUGCCCACACCAGGGAUGUACCCAUCUGUCUACCCAGGAUACAUGCCGUACCAGCCUUCAGUCUUUCAGCAUAUUAUGCCGCAGAUGCCAUCUGUCCCACAAACCAUGGCAUCCUCUGUCGUUGAGGCGCACCGUAUGCAAGAAUAUUACAACAAAGUCGAGGACAACAUCAGUUCACAUCGCAGUCCUAGCCCUGCGUCCAGUCAGGCUUCCAGUGGUGUGUACAGUGAUCCUAGUCCGGUACCGAGUCCCACCAGGUCCAAUCCCAGUAUCCCAUCCCCAGAGAUCAGCCCUGUAGUCCCUCAGAGGAUGCGAGCUCCUGGCGGGCGCACGUUCUACACCCAGAAACAAGUCAGGGCCAUGGAGAAGACCUUCUCUGAAUGCAAAUAUCCCGACUAUGAAGUAUUUGAGGAAUUGUCACUGAAACUGGAUAUUCCCGUCAAGAAGAUCAAGGUCUGGUUCCAGAACAAACGUGCACGCAGCAAAUCACACACUCCUGGUGCAUCGACACCCAGAUAUGGUUACAUGGGGUCCGGACCCAUGAUGGCUUUCCCGUACCCGGUACCUGCAGCUCCCAUGAUGCCCAUGUAUCCAGGAUACCCCUACCCGUCCAUGUUUGCCUCUCCCAUGUGCUGA